AAUUCUCCAGGGUGCUGAAUCAGGCAGCCAGUGGCUGGGCACUAAUGAGCAGCCCCUGACAGAAGAGGAGUGGAGCUCUCAGCAUCCAGCAUCAAGCCAUUGGUCCUGGCUUUGAGCCUGCAAUGAAUUAUAAAUGGGGAGGGGUUGGGAUGCAGAUUUGGCAUCAGGAGUAGGCUCACAUACACACACACGGCUAGGCAACCUUAGAAGCAGAGUUGCUCUGCUUGGCAUACGAGGAGAGAUGCAGUAAGAUAAGGCACAUUGUCCUUUACAGUUUACUGCUUCAGCAUUUAUUCCCCCCCCCCUCCUCUGCAUUUGCUUUGCAGACUUAAAACCUCUCCACUUCAUUUCAAACCCUCCAAGUCAGGAAGAUGAAAGGAUUUGUGAUAGAGUGUGCAAUUGCUGGCAUGGUUCUGCUGUGUGCUAGAAUUUCUGCCACUGCUGGGAGCGCUGCCCUCACCGGACAUUUCUUGGUGGACUUACCCCAAGCUGGAGAAGAAGAAGCGAAGAAACUUGCAGAAGAAUAUGGCUUUGAAGGGGUCAGAAAGCUACCCUUUGCAGACAGUUUAUACCAUUUCUAUAACAAUGGAGCUACAAAGUCCAGGAGAAAACGUAGUAUCAAAAACCAUUUGUCAUUGCACCCCAAGGUAAGGAAAGUUGUGCAACAAGAAGGUUUUGACCGAAAGAAACGAGGCUACAGGGACAUAAAUGACAUUGAUAUUAACAUGAAUGAUCCUCUUUUUACAAAACAGUGGUAUCUGAUCAACACAGGUCAAGCAGAUGGGACUCCGGGGCUUGAUUUAAAUGUGGCAGAAGCUUGGGAGUUGGGAUACACAGGGAAAGGAGUUACCAUAGCAAUCAUGGAUGACGGAAUAGAUUACCUUCACCCCGAUCUUGCCUCAAAUUAUAAUGCAGAGGCAAGUUAUGAUUUCAGCAGCAAUGAUCCUUAUCCAUAUCCGCGCUACACUGAUGACUGGUUUAACAGCCACGGCACUCGCUGUGCAGGAGAAGUUUCUGCUGCUGCAAACAAUAAUAUUUGUGGAGUGGGAGUUGCGUAUAACUCAAAAGUAGCUGGAAUCCGUAUGCUGGACCAACCCUUUAUGACGGAUAUAAUCGAAGCUUCAUCCAUCAGUCACAUGCCACAGGUCAUAGACAUUUAUAGCGCCAGCUGGGGACCCACUGAUGAUGGCAAAACAGUGGAUGGACCAAGAGAAUUGACAUUACAGGCCAUGGCAGAUGGUGUAAACAAGGGUCGCGGAGGGAAGGGCAGCAUUUAUGUCUGGGCAUCUGGAGACGGUGGAAGUUACGAUGACUGCAACUGCGAUGGUUAUGCAUCGAGCAUGUGGACGAUCUCCAUCAACUCAGCAAUCAAUGAUGGCAGGACCGCACUGUAUGAUGAAAGCUGCUCCUCCACGUUAGCCUCUACAUUCAGCAACGGUAGAAAAAGUAAUCCCGAAGCUGGCGUGGCGACAACGGAUUUGUAUGGAAACUGUACCCUACGUCACUCAGGAACAUCAGCAGCUGCACCAGAAGCAGCUGGCGUCUUUGCCUUGGCCCUUGAGGCUAACCCAGGUCUCACCUGGAGGGACUUGCAACACCUAACAGUGCUGACAUCUAAAAGGAAUCAACUCCAUGAUGAAGUUCAUAAAUGGCGCAGGAAUGGCGUCGGCUUAGAAUUUAACCACUUGUUCGGCUAUGGUGUGCUCGACGCUGGUUCCAUGGUUAAAAUGGCGCGAGAGUGGAAAACUGUGCCUGAGAGAUUUCAUUGUAUCGGAGGAUCAAUACAGGAGCCAAGGAAAAUACCUUCUGACGGAAAAUUGGUUCUUACGCUUACGACUGAUGCCUGCGAAGGAAAGGAAAACUUUGUUCGAUACCUUGAACAUGUGCAAGCAGUUAUAACGGUGAAUUCUACAAGGCGAGGUGACUUAAACAUCAACAUGACAUCACCAAUGGGAACCAAGUCCAUCUUAUUGAGCCGCCGUCCCCGAGAUGAUGACUCGAAAGUUGGCUUCGAUAAAUGGCCAUUCAUGACAACUCACACGUGGGGGGAGGAUCCAAGAGGGACUUGGAUUCUCGAGAUUGGGUUUCUUGGGAGCAUGCCAGAGAAAGGUGUUUUAAAAGAAUGGACCCUGAUGCUGCACGGAACUCAAAGUGCUCCCUAUAUAGACCAAAUAGUUAGAGAUUACCAGUCAAAAUUAGCUAUGUCCAAGAAAGAAGAGCUAGAAGAGGAACUGGAUGAAGCUGUUGAAAGGAGCCUGAAAAGUUUACUAAGCAAAAACUAGCACCGUACUGCAUGUCUGUCUUAUAUAUUCCUUUCCAGGAUUUUCUCUUUCUAACACUUAAAUUUCUCUAUAGUAUAAAAUGGCCUCCUGGUACCAUAUGUUUAUGAAAUAUUUAUAGCCAUCUAUUCCUUUAUUUGGAAUCAAAUAAAUAUAUAUUUUUACAGUGUUACCCCUAAUAUUGACAACUGAAAAUGAACACACUCAUGGAAAAUGUUGUGUCCAAUUAUCAUUAUUUAUUGAACAAAGCAAAAAGUAAUUGUUUAAAAAAAAAACCUAGCUGGAAUAGAAUCUACUCUUUGAUGAAGGAGAAUUUAACAAAAUUAAUAUUCCAAACUAUCUAAAAAUAAUGAAAGGGGAACUAUGAUGAAAUUGUAGCUCAAAUAUAUUGUAAAUAAUGGAUCUGAUUCAGAGAUGCAGAAUGCUAUGCAUCGGUCAUCUGAGUAACCCUAAGGUUACUCUGGAUGUCCGGGAUAUUCAUACAGUUGAAGAUAGAGAAGCUGCAUCCAGCAUGCUCAGAAAAUGGGCAACACGUUUAUUGGAUAUUUGCUAUAUUCCAUGUUUUAUUAUAGUUCUCCUUUAACAUUUAAAUAUGGUAUGCACUGCAUACACCCCUGACGUGGGAUUGGCAUGCACUGCACACGCCCCUGACCUGGGAUUGGUAUGCACUGCACACACCCCUGACCUGGGAUUGGUAUGCACUGCACACACCCUUGACAUAGGAUUACCUUGCACUGUACACACCCCUGACCUGCGAUUGGCAUUCACGGUACACACCCCUGAUCUGGGAUUGGCUUGCACUGCGCACACCCCUGACCUCGGAUUGACAGUUUUUGAUAGCUAGUCUGAUCAACUGUUGCAAGAAAUCUCCCACUUCUCACUGGCGUUCCUGCUAACCUAACCUCAUCCACUUGUAGACCUAUUAACAUUACCUAUUAACAAUGAACAUUCCGUAUUAUACUUUUUAUUCUCUCUCUCUAGUCUUACGCACUGUCUCUCUCAAUAAAUAUAUAUAUCUAUCUAUCCGUUACAGCAACUUGUAUAGUAUUUUAGCUAUAAAUUUCAGAAUGGGGAAAAGACAUGAUUUAUAGAAAAUGUUUAUUACUUUAAAUUAAUGUUUUAAUAAAUUAUUUUAAGAUUCUUCAAGGGAAUUUAUUUUUUUUAUCACAAUGCCCGCAACAACUGCCAAGUGUGCAAUAAAAUAUCAGAAAACGUAAGUAGCAUUGGUUUUAUAACAGCGUGGCAGAAGUAAAUGGAUAUAUUAAAGCACAAUCUAUAUAUUUUUCAUAUUGUCUGAGCAUAUUUAUGCAGGGUAUAGUAAAAUAAAUUACAGGAAUUUCCUCCACUUCUAGUGUAAAACACAAGUGUAUUAUGCCAUAAUCAGGUUCCAAUUAUUAAAAGAUAACAAAAGUGUUUUAUUUGGAGAGAUGAUAAUAAACCAAAGGAAAUUAUGUAUAUGAGUGUAUGUAUAUUGAAGGUAACACACAUAAACCAACACAAUCAGUACAGUGUGCAACUCACACAUGUGCAUGUAUAUGUGCUAAUGAUAUCAGAAUUACUAUUUUUUAAAGUCAUCACUUUCUGUAUAAAAUCCUUGGUCUUCAGUUGACCUCUGUGAAAUGACAGAUGACCAUGUUCAUUAAUUUGCAUUGCAUUCCUGUAAACAUGAAGUUAUAUGUUGAAGAAAAAAACAUUAAAAGUCUUAUAUAGCAGCAUUUUUUAAA